AGCAAGAAAAAGAAGGAUAGUGAAUUUGCUACAUGCUUUAGUUGAAAUUAUCCUAAUUUUCAUAAAAUAUCUAUAACUGAUUUUAUUCUAUCUUUCCUUAAUUUCUAAACUUUGUUCAUUUCUUUAUCUUGUUAUUGGUGGGACAAGGAAAAACAUUUGCUUUGCUCCAAAAAUGGAAGUUUUUCUUCGUUGUCCACAUGGCAAAUUUUUCUCACAAUACUCCGUUCGGCCAGUCAUUUCUCACGGUGCGAUCAAUGGAUACGAUAGGCUUAUUUAUAAAGAGUCCCUUUAAAGAUACGCAUAAUGAGAAAGCCAAUAGAGAUGGAAUAAACAAUAGAGUUUAUCCGAGAAGAGGAAUGAGUUUUAAUUCGUCGAUCGUCUUAUUCUUUUGUCACAUGUGUAGUAUAAUUUUUACUUUAGGCAAUUUCUGCCUAAAGUGCUACUUACUGUAUGUAUAAUGUUGUGCUUCAAGUAGUACAGCUAGAAAAAAAAAGGGGGGAAGAAACGAUAGAUAGAUGUUAAGAUAAAGCAAGAAGAAAAGG